UCCGACCACGAGCUCUGCAUUGCCGUCCAGUUUGGGAACAGCAAGGCCACCCCGCCGCCAGUGUCCAAGAUCUGCACCCAGUGCGAGAUGGAGCACAAGGCGGAUGGCAUGAUGGAGCAGAUGUGCUCCAGUGACUUCGUGGUGAAGAUGCGCAUCAAGGAGAUGACAGAAGAGAAUGGGGAGCGGCGGCUGGUGGCCGCCCAGAAGAAGAAGGUGCUGAAGCUGGGCCCGCUCAAGCGCAAGGACACCAAGAAGAUGGUGCUGCACAUGAGGAAUGCGGGCACCUGCCCCUGCCCGCAGCUCGACAGCCUCAGCGGCAGCUUCCUGGGGAUGGGGCAGAAGCACAACAAGGAGAUGAAAUUUGCCGUCAAGUUCAUGUUCUCUUACCCGUGCCCCCUCUACCACCCCCUGCUCUAUGGGGCAGGGCAGCACUAG